GAGCAGGAACCAACAUGGAUGAGCUUGAUUUGCUGUUGGAAGAGCUGGCUUUGACAUCAGAUACUUCAAAGAGUGUUGAUGAGAAAAGGAGUGGUGGUACAGCUUCUGAGGAGGUGCGAGGCGCAGCUUGUGCUGGGCCUACCAAAAAGGAAAAGAACACUGUCAGCUUAAAUGUCUACAGUGAUCUGCCAGCUCCUGUGGCAGCUCCCCUGAACUCUGACUCACCCACUCAGGAGCUGGACCUCAUAUUGCAAGAUCUGAUGGGUCUGGCACAAGGGUGCAUGGAUCCAGGGUCUUCAUCAACCCCACCGCCACUAGCGCAAAAGCAGUCUGUAAAAAAGAAAACAGAAGGUGGGCAAGAGAACAAGGGGAGCAGCAGCUCAGCGAGUUCAGAUGCAAAGGCCUCAAUGCAGAGCAAAAAAACAGAUGCUAUAGAUGACCUGUUAGGAGGGCUGAGCUCUGACUUGGAAAAAAUUGGCGUCCGCACGACUGCCAAGGGCCAUUGUGUUGCCUGCAACAAAUGCAUCGUAGGAAAGAUGAUCACAGCAUUGGGUGAGGUGUGGCACCCUGAACACUUUGUGUGUGUGGUGUGUAAGACAGAGCUGGGUACCUCAAGCUUCUAUGAGAGGGAAGGGCAGCCGUACUGUGACAAAGACUACGAAAAGCUCUUCUGUCCACGUUGUGCCUAUUGCAAAGGGCCCAUUAUGCAGAACAUCCUAACAGCCUUGGACCAGACCUGGCAUCCAGAGCACUUCUUCUGUACAUGCUGCGGAGAACUUUUUGGACCUGAUGGUUUCCUAGAGAAGGACGGGAAGCCAUAUUGUUGCAAGGACUUUUACCACCUCUUUGCUCCUAAGUGCUCAGGCUGUGGGAAGUCAGUGACAGAGAACUACCUGACGGCUGCCAAUGGCACCUGGCAUUCGGAGUGCUUCGUCUGCGCAGACUGUCGGCAGCCCUUCCCUGACGGCUGUUUCAUGGAGAUGAAUGGUCGACCCCUCUGCUCAAAGGACUUCCACUCUCGGCAGGGCACUCUGUGUGGAAGCUGCAAUGAGCCCAUCGUAGGCCGCUGCAUCUCUGCUCUUGAUCGCAAGUUUCACCCCGAGCACUUUAUUUGUGCCUUCUGUCUGCGUCAGCUCAGCCAGGGUAUCUUUAAGGAGCAGGAAGGGAAGCCAUACUGCACACCUUGCUUUAGUAAACUCUUUGUGUGAGGAUACAGUGCAUAUUAUACAAAUAAUAUACUGUCCACUUCAUUGCAGAGGUUUUAAUUUUAUUAUCAUUAACGGAAAUGAGACAAUUACUACUCAUAUCAACAUUGUUAAUACUGUCUUUGCCUUUGUAUAGAUGAGAAAUAAACCUUCCACUUCUUAAGUACUUAACAUAUAUCAAGAGAAAAAUGUUACAGAUGUAAAAUUAUUAAUAACAUGGUUGUAAAACACAAGAGAAAUAUUUUACUUUUUAUGUAUGUGAACUUUGGACGAUUCUAAAAGGUGUGUUGCUGACUAACUUUUAUGAGAUUUCAUACAUCAUGCCCACAUAAAAUGUAUAAAUGGAGAAAGAAAAACAUAGAAGUGCAGUUUAAACCCAUGGUUUCCAUUAAGCUAUCCUCAGUUUGCCGUAAGACUUGGCAGUCCAGAGAUACUCACUAGCAGUAUGGAGCAGUUUGUCAAGGGGCUUGUCUAUGUGGCCUGAUAGCUUGUAUUGGCAGUAACUGGCAUGGAAUCGGCGUGCCAACCUGAGUUUCCUCUUACUCUCACUGACCAUUUGGCCCAUUGGCAUGCACUGGAUUCAGACAACCUCAUCACUCUUUACACAGGCUCCUUUAUGGCAGCCUAUGGAAGAUUAAUGAAGGUGCUGAAUUCAACAAAGGUGGUUUCAGAAGGAGCUCUUCACAUCGCUGCACCUCUUCAGCAACUCACUCUGCCUGUUGAGGGAUGAAUCAACCACAAAGUGCUUUCAAGAAAAAAUAUUUUGGUGAUCCUCCAUUUUGUUGCUGCGUAACACUCCCAUUGAUAACAAAUACUCUGAAUAGUAUGAUCAGAUAUUUAGACAGGAUGUGCUGUAGUUCCUCAAGGGAGAAAUGUUUAAUCUAUGUAAAUGUGAGGUUUUCUAUCAGUUAUGUAUUAAAAAAACCAAAAUGUUCAAACUGACUGCUUAUUGCAAAAAACAAACAAAUAAAAACAUUGUGAAUUUCAUCAAAUA